AAGGCCUCUUUUUGUCCAGAGCCUCAUCAGACUCACAUGUUUCAGAAGAGAGGGAACGGAUAGGUGGAACAGAGGAAGAAAAGGAGUGAAGGAGAAGAAAGUGAUCUAAGAAAGCUCAGACUCUUGUGGACACUGAAGGCCAGGCUUUUGAGAUCUGAAGUCUAAAGAAAGCUGAGAGGAUUUUAGAUGCAAAUAAUAAUAAUAAGAAGAAGGACGAGAUUCCAGAAGUGGACUUAGAGCUGGAGUUAUAGCUCUUGGAUUUAGAACAUCAGUGGACCAUGGAGAACGGCAAAGUGGAAGAUGCAGACGGACACAUGGAUGAUACAGACUUGCACAUGAUUCAGUUGCAGGCCUUGUGGGCGGAGCUAAAAUCCAGUCUAGGAAGCGUGGUCCAGGAAGUCUCAGCUUUGCAGCAGAGCAACAUUCGACUGGAGGAGAAGGUCUCCGCCUACCAGAGAGACACUGGCGAGAAGAUACUGUCUCUGAGAAACACUUUGAACACACUUCAGGAGGACAUGAGCAGCGCUCUGACUCAGAUCACAGAGCUCAGCUGUUCACAGAAAGGUUUACAGAGAGACAUGGAGCUCCUGCAGAACACGCAACACAGCAGAAAGUUCUCCAGAGGGGAGGAGCUAAUUGAUGGCCACACCCAACUCUGCAGUCAAACAGAACUGAGCCUCAUUCAGCAUUUCAUCAGCAGCCUUCCAGGCAACCAGAACUCUAAUUCUGAGCAGGACAGCAGUGCUUUGAGAAAUCGUUCCAGAUCUCCAGUGUGGAGAGAGAGGAAAGACAGUCGAGAUCUUACAGAACUGAACAACCAGGAGCUGAGUCGAAGGCAGAUGGCUGCUUUGGAGCUGCUGGAGUCUGAGAGAGUGUACGUAUCGUAUCUGUCUCUGCUGCUGAAAGCCAACAUCAACUUUAAUGGCUGUGAGACCAACAACCUUAAAGACAAACGGCUAUUUCCUUCCUGCUUGCGCUUUCUGAUCCAGCAACAUCUGGAGCUUCUGCACCUCCUGCAGGAGCGUGUGCUGAAGAGCCACUGGCAGGGCAUCAUGGGAGAUGUAUUUCUGAGGCUCACCAGUAAAGAGAGUGAUUUUCUGGACCACUACAUCUCUUAUUUGAAAGAGCUGCCAGAGUGUCUCUCAGUCGUCAGCUUGUUUUCUUCAAACUCCUCAAAGCCAGGAGGCCUACUAGAGGGUGACAUCACUGGUGACGAUACACGCCCAUCCCUGCACACUCUUCUUCUCCAGCCCGUCCAGCGUGUCCCAGAAUACCUUGGGCUCCUGCAGAGCCUGUUGCGGCAGACGGAAUCAGAUCACCCCGACUAUUACCUGCUCCUGGUGUGUGUGCAGCACUUGCGCUCCUUCACCACCCAGUACAACCCCCUCCUUCAGCACAACCAAGAGCUCCUCACACACUCACACACACACGCUGCACGAGAGCGCACACACAACCUGUGCACACAUCAGCAGGAGCGGGCCACUCACACUCGCAAAGAACUCAGCAGAUCAUCAGUAAAGCAGCUGUAUAAAGUGGAUUAUGAGAGUUCUUCAAACUACAGCACCGCCAGCGCACUAAUUGAUCCAGUUCACGGCCUCAGACGCGCUAAGCAUGCAUCAGUCCGCCGCUACCAAGAGUGGGAAGCUGAGCCUCAACGUUAUCAUAGCGACGUCCCGUCUCCAAUUUCCUUUGCGUCCGACUCGGAGUCCCACCUCAAAUCUCCGCCUCCUCCUCUCCACAGCAUCCCAGAGACAGAGGGCACAGGGUCAUCUGCCCUGGCCGAUGCCAUGGGGGCGUUUCUUCCUUAUGGGGGUGGAGACUCACGUUGCUCAAGCCCCUCCCACUCCUCCGACUCCAGCAUUGAUAUCGCUUUUGUGCGCUGCAGUCCCUCCCCUGGCGCAGGACACCAGUCACACGGUGGUGGGCGGAGCUCUGGGGGCGGAGUUUACAGGUCCAACCGGGGUUGCGUGUCGCCUGACUCGGUUGGCAUGAUGAGACCACGCCCCCUGCAGGCUGUGCAGAGAAAGAGCAAAUCACUGAAUGGCCUGCAGAUGGACAGCAUUGACAGCCACACCCACCAGGUGAGGACCCCCGUCCACCCGAAGCUGGAGCGGCAAUCCAGCGGAAAAUCGAGGCUGAGGCACAGCAGCCCACAGCGCCGGCACGAAACUCACGCCCACACUGAUGCUGAGGAGCUGGCGAUACAGAUACACAGCAAGGAUACUGGGACCCCGAUAUGGGAGGAUUUGAAGUGGAGGGGAACGUCUGAGGACGGAGAACACACCCCUCUGAGUGAGCGCAGCAGGAAGGAGGGCAAAGGCUUUCGCAGCUCCUUCAAAAAGCUCUUCAAGAAGAAGUCCACUGGGGACAGUAAAGAAAAGGCUGGGGAGAAGGCUGAAGGUCAGAGCAGCAGUGAACUGGAGUCGUCCAGCAGGUCAAACAGAGUAGCCCACCCUGGAGACAUUGACAGAGGAACUGCUGUCUGAACACACACACACACACAUCUAAAAAGUGACUCUUGCACUAAUGCCAUCUACUGGAUGAUUAGGUUUACUACAGUUACUGAGGUGAAGGAAUCACAUACUAUUGGGGUUAUUAAAGAAACAAAUAUGUGUACAUACUAGUACAUCCCAAAAUAUUGGAACAUCAUUAAAAAAAAAAAUUUAUUUCAGUGAUUCACUUUAAAAUGUGAAACUCAUACAUUAUAUAGAUGUAUUACACACAGAGUGAUCUUUUUUAAGCAUUUAUUUCUUUUAUUGCAAAUGAUUGACUUACAGCCAAUGAAAACCCCAAAAUCAGUAUCUCAGAAAAUUAGAAUAUUAUUUAGGACCAACUGGUACUAUUGGCAGUGUGGGCAGUGUGCCAAGUCCUGCUGGAAAAUGAAAUCUGCAUUUCCAUAAAAGUUGUCAGCAGAGAGAAGCAUGAAGUGCUGUAAGAGUUUUUGGGAAAACACUGCACUGACUUUAGAUUUGAUAAUAAAACACAGUGGAUCAACACCAGCAGAUGACAUGUCUCUCCAAACCAUCACAGAUUGGUGGAAACUUCACACUAGACCUCAAGCAGUUAGGACUGUGUCUCUCCACUCUUCCUCCAGACACUGAUCCCUUGAUUUCCAAAUGAAAUGCAAAAUGUACUGAUGAUCAGUGAUGGUUUGGAGAGACAUGUCAUCUGCUGGUGUUGGUCCACUUUGUUUUAUAUUAAGUCCAAAGUCAGUGCAGUUUUGUUUUACCCGAUAAUCUUACUUAAAUUACUGUUGCUUACUUUAAAUGUGACAUGUGCAGGAUUAAUGGCACACUACAUCUCUUAAAGGGUCUAAAAUGUGCAGAAUUUGUGUAUUUGAGUUUGAUAUAUGUAGAGGAUUUGUUUAUUUAUUUUCACUUGCAAAAUCGUCAGCUCAUGCUCUACUCCUCACUGUUAUACUGUUAUACUCACUAUCAUAGCACUCUCAGUUAUGACUGUAAAUACACAACAAUUAUAUAUAGAUCUACAAUAUGAAUAUUCUGAAGGCACACUAUAGUACAUAAUAAUGUUUAUCAUGCUUGGGUUGGGUUUCAUGAAAAUAUACAGUAUUAAAAAAAUGACUUCACGUAAUUAGUGUUACAGUACAUGAACAAUUAAUACAUGUAAAA